GGAACGGUAUUUUUGAUUUUUAGAUGUUUCUGGUAUUGUGACAAGUGACAAAAGCAUGUCGCAUGUCCUUGGUCCUAAUUGUCCUAUGAUGAAAAAAAAUGUUAAAUCUGACAGUAGUAAAAGGUGGUAAAAAUAUCUGUCGAUUUUUACAGAUUUUGUUGGUUUUCUCGCGAAUUUAUUGAGAUUUAUUGUCAAUUGAGAAUUGCGACAAUAUCGGACAAUAGACAAUAGUAUUAAUAGUGUUAAAAACGAGUUUGUGAUAAAAAUAUUUGGAAAUGGAUUAAGAAUUUGUUUACAAAAAUGGAUAAAGAAAGUACGAUUAAAUGGGUGAGAGGGCUAUUGGUGUCCUCAAAAUACCCCAUGUCGUUAAGACAACUGGACAAUGAUUACAGAACUAUAAUAGGAGAAAAAAUUCCAUAUUCAAAGUUUGGCUUUAAAAAAUUGGAAGAUUUUUUGAACUCUGAUCCAACUUUAAAUGUUUACAGUCAAAAUGGCGAGACUUUUGCCAAAGCCGCUAUCAAGGCAGAGUCCGCGCAUAUCGUCGAAAUGAAGAUGAAAGAAAAAGCGCCUAAAAAGAGACCCAUUAAGCAUGUAAAAUUUUACUCUGGACCCGUAGUACAUUCAAAUUGGAGACCCAAUUACUCAGCUUACUCUGCAAGACCAAAAAGGUAUGCUACGUCUUCUCGUCCAGCAGCGGUGGCUCAUAAUCAGUUUGUGGACUAUAGAAAACCUGUCGUAGCUUCGAAAAUAGUUAUUCCAGAAAACUCCACCUAUAAUAAAAAUGUACCACCUAGGUUGCAGAAACAACAUUCGGUUGGGAGUAGGCUGCAAAUGGAAAAACAGGAUACUAGUGCUUUUGCUAGGAGAGUAAUACAAGACUUUAACAACACUCAAGCUGCAAAUACUGUUGACGAAUGUUCUCCUGGAUCUAGUCGAAGAAAAACUAUAACUAAAAUGAUGUCUGAAGUUAACUUAGACAGAGAUAGUGGCAACAGUAGUCCAGUUAGCGAUAUUACUACUUUUGUAAUGCCACCUAUAAUUCCACCAAAGAUUCCUGAAUUUGUACCAAUUGGUGAUCCAAAGAUUGACUUAAAGAAUCUCAUAGAAUAUCAUAAACUCGGUGAAAUGGAAGUAAAUACAACUAAAAUGAACGCCAAAAGAGUUAAAAUGUUUAUAUGCCAAAUUAAGAUUGGAAGUCUCAAGUAUACCAGUUACCCGGAAGAGUUUAAAAGUGAAUCAGAAGCUGAAUUAUAUUGUUACAAAGAAGCAUUUAAAGAUAUUACAAAUAAAUAUGGGAGAAGGAAGUCAUUAUUAUUAGCCAGUGAUAAAGAUAUUUUACACAGAAUACCAAAGAUGUUACAAAAACACACUGGAGGACUUUGGGAAUGGCAAAUCCAAAUGGACUAUUCCGAUACAUACAAUGAACAAUUACCUGAGGACUGGUUAAAAAUUAUUGAUAGUAGUCCUUGUAUUCACGUACAAAAAGUCGUUAAUAACUAUACAUUAAGGCAUUGUAAACCGGAGGAGAAAUAUAUUAAUGAAGUUCUUGAUAACAAAAUACAUGGGCAGAAAGGCAGUACGUGGCUGAAAUCCAUGACUUUGACGGACGUUUCUGUACCAUCCAAUACCGUGGAGUUCAAAGAAGAUGGCAAGUUAUUUGCAGAAGUACAGUUCUUAUUAUCAGCCAAUGAAAUUUGGUGUCGACAGACUGGUACCGAAGAAAGUGAUAAAUUUUUAGAAAUGAACUCGCAAUUGGAAGAUUAUUACAGUAAACACAAAGAUUCUCUCCGUGCAAUUAUUAUUAAUCAAAAUGGCUAUUAUAUAGCAGAGUAUGAUGAUGGAUGGUAUAGAGUAAGAGCGAUAGAUGUCACCGAUACUCAUGUUUCUUGUUUUUAUAUCGAUUUUGGAGACGAAAUUGUACUUCCAAAAGACAAAAUAUACCAACUGAAGAGGGAAUACGCAAUUUGUCAAGCACAGGCUUUUGUAUGUCGUUUGGCUGGUUUAGAAGAACUUUAUGAUGCUUCGACUGAGUCAAAUACGUUGAGACAAACGUUACUUUACAAAAGUGUCAUUUUAGAAGUUGCCAGCGAUUGUGUUGUUGAAGACGAGAAAGACGAUAUUAUCCCUGUAUAUAUGUACAACUUUGAUACUGGAAGAUCAAUAAAUGAAGAAAUGAUACAUCUACUGACCAUCGAAUCUGCUUCACCGAGCCUGUUUAUAGAUACUAUAACAGAAGUGUAUGUUUCACACAUAGCUGAAAAUGGUGAUAUAUAUGUACAAAUACGUACUCGAGGUUACCAAAAUUUGCUUCAUUUAUUAGAAGAACUCGAAGCUCAAGUAACUAGCAAUCCUCCUACUGAUAUUUUAGAACCUGUAAAUAAACAGAGCAGCCAAAAUAAAAUCUAUUUCGGCAAAUAUAACUUCGAUGGCCACUGGUAUAGGAUAAAAAUUAUCGAUUGGUCGCCAAAAGAAGAUAUGGCUCAAAUUUACUACAUGGAUUAUGGUAAUACAGAGGUUAUAAAUAUUAAGGAUGCAGCACUUUAUCCAUUGGACAAGUUGAGCGACAUUUUGAGUUUGUACCCACCACAGGCUGUGAAGACAAUGAUGUUACUGGAUGAAAUUCCGAAAGAUUUCCUUACCAUUAUUAAUAAAGUAAUGCCAAAGGAAGAACCAGUAAUCGUUAAAAUAAUCCGUCGCAAUGAAAAGGAUACUCCGUUGGCGGAAUUCUUCAGAAGGAAUUCAGAUGGAUCUCUCUUUUGCAUUAACAAAUCAAUCACAAUCGAGAACGAAUUAAAGAAAGGCGAUAUUGCUAGUAUUAAAAGUACAAGAAAGAUAAUUUUAUCUACAGAAGGAUCCAAAAACGUCCCGUCCGGUGGAAAACUAAAGUGUCCGCUGCUUCCAGAUACCAACAAGUAUUUUGAGGUGCACGUUCCGUUCGCUGUUAACCCUUAUAAUUUUUUCGUGCAACCAUUGGAAUCUCGGCCUAAGCUGCACAAACUGAUGGAGCAGUUACAGGUGCGAUACAAAAAUGUUGCUUAUAGCCCUCUAACAAUCGAUGAUAUUAUUCCUGGAAAUAUUUAUGCUUCGAAGUACGAUGAUGGCAAUUGGUACAGGACCAGUGUCAUUAAAGUAAUCCAUGAUGGAUCAAUUUCAGUAUUCUACUGUGAUUUCGGCUACUAUGCCAAUUUGACUUUGCAGCAGUUGAUUCCUUUAGAUAUAGAAUUUAUGGAGUUACCUUAUCAAGCACUGAAGGCCAAACUUUCUGGCAUUAAACCAAAACACCCAAACUGGACAAUGGAACACUGUGAUGAAUUUAAAGAGAUGGUAGAAAGAAAACAUUUUUAUUCGAUUUUACUAAAGUUGGAAAGAGACCAACUCUAUGACUCUGAUUUAGUUUUAGAUCUCGUAUUAAUAGACACAUCCUCGUCUGAAGAUAUUUGCAUUGAAAAGGAACUCAUUAAUAGGGGGAUUGCCGUAGAAGUAUAAAAAUUACAUUUUUUUAUUCUUAUGCUUGUUUUUACUUUAAGAAUUUUUGCACCUUUUCUCCUUAUAUAUCUGUCAUUCCCAGAAAGUUUUCAAUUUUAAGAAUAUCGUAAAAUUGUAAUAACUUUAAUCAUAAACAGGUGUACGAACUUACUAUUGUAAAGGAAACUCAUUUUUUUAUAAAUGUUUCAUGUUUAAAAAGUUUAUUUAGUUCUAAAGUUCAUUUAAUCGUUUCUGUUAUUUAUUUUUAUCUAAGUGUAACGGUUAUGUAAACCUUAAUAUUUAAUUUUUCUGUGUUAUUCUUUGUUAACCAUUUCAGUACUAUAAUUGGAUUGUUUAUUAUGCUAUAGGUACACUGCAAAAAAGCUGGCCUUUGAACCUGCACAUGAUACAAAUCAUGGGUGCCGAGUUUUUCAAAUUGCACCUUGAGGGUGUGAGAGCAAAUCCUUUUAGAGUACUGUUUUGAUGAUAAUAAUAAUAAUAAUACCAAAUUUGUAAAUGGAUUCAUAGAACAAACAUAAAAUUAUUCAUAACAAUGUUUUUGUCGUUUAUAAUUAAAUAAUCAUAAUAAACGUCUUUCUUCGAUUUUAUAAACUGCUACAAAUAAUGUUAUUUAUUUUGUUACAAAGUUUACAUAAUUUUUUACUUAUUUGAUUGGUUGAAAAGGAAAGUUAAGCUGUACGAUGCAGCAAUAGGAGGUUCCCCUUAAAAUUAAGUAUUCUGCUUAUUUUACACUGCUCAAGACAUUUUAAUUUCGUCGUUUUCGAGUCUUCAGGGUAAUAUUGUAAAUGGAGGGACAGUUUUGUUUAAAAAUUUCUUCUCACUCCAAUCAACUGCUGUACAUUUUGCUUGUAAAUCAGCCAUUACGAAAACGGCAAGGGCAUUAAAAGGAUCUACAAGAAAGACCUAGGCCGACUGUAGACUGAGCAAUAUGUCUAGGUAAACUGAUACAGAGGGGUCUUUAGGACACACACGUCAAGUGAAGUUUUUACUACAAGAAUGCCUCCUCACAGCAACUAAUUCCGUUAUUUUGGUCCCUCAUAAUUUAAAAUUUGAAGGAAUGGUACAUUUAAUAAAAAUAUUCACUGCACAUGCAGUGUUUUUGAAGUAUUAUUUCGCUACUUAAAAAGUGCCCAAAAUCCUUCAAAUAUGAAACACUUUACAAAUUUGACAGUAUGACAGCUAUUCCUUUCACGAAUAACUUUUUAUAUUGGAUAUACUACUUCAAGUUCCAAUAAGUGUCAUUGUAAAUAAAAUAUAACUAUCAUUAAAAAUAAAAUGUAAAUCACAAUACAUCACAGGAUAUCUGAGUUUAAAAUAUUUCCUGAAUUUAAUUCAUGUCAUGGGUCCCGGAGAAAAGGUCGAAAAAUAAUAGAUGAUAAAAGGAAAUAUUGAAAAAUAUGUCGAAAUAGAAGGUCGAACACUAAAGUUUUGAAAUUAGAAAAUAAUGAAUGACAAAAUGUUCAAAUAAUAAUAGGUCGUAUGUAUGAAAAACUGAAAACCAAAAAUCGAAAAAAUAAGUCAAAUAUAAAAUAUCUAAUUGCAAAACAUUUGUUAAUGAAAAGAUUUUUAUUUAACGAUAAAUAACUUACAAGCACAAUUAACAAAAAACAUCCAAAACAAUAACUAAAAAAUAUAGAUAAAAGGAAUUUCUGAUAUAUAAUUUAUAAAAUAGUCCAAAAUUAAUUUCAAACUUUAAAACUGUUCCUUAACCUGUUGCUUUUGUUUCUUGGGAGGUUCCUUCUCAUAGCCUGCCAUUUGCUGGUUUAACUUUAAUUCUUGAUAAGCUUCUUCUCUUCAAAUACCUUUUAAAAAUGCCCAAAUUGACGGAUUUUUAUCCUGUAAGUUGCUUUUUGAACUGUUAUGCCACGAUUUACAAUAUUAGUUCUUGGUUCUUCUUAUAACGUUUUAACGUAAUAAUUCCAUAGGUAUUGCUCAAACGUAGGUUUUCUUAUCAAUCUUACCAACUCAAACUUCUUCAAAAUAGUUUUUAAUCGGUGUAAUAUCGUUAGAUAAAAUAUCACUGGCACACAGAUAUUCAAAUGAUUUUCCAACAUAAACGGUGGGAAUGAAAUAAAGAGCAAUGAACAUUUUUACAUUAAGUUGGAAUUCAUUAUGUAUAUCAUAAUUAAGUUUAAGUCCGAAAUUUUUAAUAUUUCUGUAAACUGCUUGUCUAAAAUGAAAAUAGCAUUCCUGUUUGAUGGCAUCAGGAAAGAGUAAAUCGCAAGUGUUUAUAACUGCUUUUUCAAAAUCGCUUAUAAUGAUGCUUACUUUUGGAAAUGGAAGUGUUCUUACUUGCUCAAAAAUUUUUAUAUGAAUCUGUUCGGUUUUUUGUUAAUAGUGCGUAUAUUAGAGGAUAAUUUGCACCAUUAACUUCACCAUGAAUUGAAAAUAAUUGGUAAAAUAAACUUGACACAGUUUUAAAUGUGCCAUCAACAAACCAUUGUUAACCGUUACAAAGUACGUUUAAAUGCUUCUUUGUGGAAAAUAUUAUAAUUCUGUCUUUAUCCUUAGAAUCAUAAAUCAAAAAUGUUUAAACAGCAUAUUUUUUUAUCGACUUAUUGGAGUCGUAACAAUUGUUUUUUCGAUUUUUUUUUGUUUUUUGAAUAUUGCAAUUAUCGUUUAUUUUCCUAUAUUUUGUCUUUCAACCUUUUAUUUUUCGAUUUAUUAUUGAUCGAUAUUUUAGAACUCAUUUCGUAUUCGACCUUUUUUCUGGGACCCGUCUAUAUUAUAUGCAGCUGAAAGAGUUAGCUGCUAAAGCAAUAAUUUUGACGUAACUGACAAUGAACUACAUCUGUUUCUAAUAAAUCAGUGUACAACAUAACUUACAGUUACAUGUUUUAAGGUAACCAUAUGAAAUAUUAGAAUAUUCCAAUGACUUCCUAGAUCUGAUAUUUUGUGGAUGAAAUCGACUUAUCCAUGUGCAGACUCAUUUAUUAUACUUUAACAUCGCAAACGCUUUUCAAAUCAGAAUCUCAAUUUGCUAAAAACUAGAAAUUUGGCUUAGAAUAAAAGCUAGUUCUUCUCUCAUAGUCUUUCAACUAGGUUAUCAUGGCUGGUAAAUCCGUUUAUUUAUCCUUAUUGUCAAGUUUUUGAAUGGAGUCUUGUAAAAUGGACGUUUUGAGUAUUUUUAAAGUAAUACAAAGCUAUUAAAAAAAUACGUUUAAUAGACCUUUCCCGUUUGUUAAUUGCCAAGGCUAAAAUUACAAAUAUUUCGUUCAUUCUUAUUUUGUAGAACAAGGAAAUAACUGCGCAGCGUUGGGGCCCUCUACGAUAACGUUUUAAAAAUGCCCGUGUAGAAAAUGCUGUCAUAGAAGUGCAAACUUGAAAUUUUUAGAUAUUAUUUACAUCAAAAGUUAUAGUAAAAAAAAAAGUUUGUUGCCACUUUCUUGACAUUAGGCUCACAGGGCAUUUCACCGCUAGUCCUAUUGCAGCAAAAUAUUUCCAUCUUCUACAGGUUAAGAAUUAACGAUAAAUUUGUAAUUUAGCCUUGUACAAAUGUAUACCAAAAAAAUUUUAGUGGCUCCCUGCUAUAUAGAAUCGAUGAUAGUUGUUUAAAGUAAUCGUUGUAGCCAACCCAACAGAUGUAAGGCGAGAAUAAGAGAGAGAUAACAAAAAGUGUUUAGAAAAUUACUAAAUUCAAAUUUCCCGCGCUUUUUUCGCGAAAUUGUCGAAAAAUGGGAAAGGUCAAUUGCUUGCAUAGCAAAACCGAAUUUUGAUCAAAUCUGUUAGUUUGGAGUUGAUCUUCGAUUUUUUGCAUUUCCAUUAAGUACUUUUGAAUUAUCAAUCAUAUUUAAAAGGUCUACGUUUACAUUUUCUUAUUUGACGAAUCUCUAUUAACUUAUUUAUUGGUUAUCCUGCCUCAAGCGACUAGCAAUACAUUCUCAUUAUCAGCCGUUUUUUCCUUCGCCAAGAAUAUUUUUUGAAAAUUUGCUACAGUCUGCAUUUCUUAUAUUCUUUAUUUUCCCAUUUUGAGUGUAUGUUAUUAUUAUUCAUAUAAUAACCAUCUAAUUUAUUAUCUUCACUUCAAAAAAUAUAGUAAAAGGUGCAUUCAUAUAAUUUAAAUUUUUAAUUAUUUUUAUAUCAAUCUGUGGAGCCUAAUGUUCUUAAUAGUCUAUCCUCAUUACAUGUGACUAAACACAUUUUUCUUUUGUUAUUGAUUCCCAAUUCACCACUUCUGAUAUAUUCAUUACCUAAAAUCGAUAUAACUCGAAAAUUAAAAAAGGAGUCUUCAUUGGAUAAGUCGAUAUACCAAAUUAAUUCUAAUUAAAUUAGUAUUUUAGACUUAAAAAUCUAAUAUGGAUUAAAUGUGCUGACAAGGCUCGUUUUUUAUUUGUUAUAUACUUUGUCUAAAGGUUUUUGUUGUUGAACUAGAAAUACAUAUUUCCAUACAUAUAAAAUAAAUAGAAGUAAAGUGUGUCAAAAAAUGUUCCUGUAUUGCAAUUGUCGCGGUGCAUCAUAAUAUUCGGCAUCCAUGAUUGUAGUAGUUACAUAACAUUUUGUUUUCCUUUGCAGUGCAAGCUAAACUGAACUUUUUACUACUUAAGUCAUCUGUUAUAUGUACAUCUAUUGUAUUUUCUAUCGAAAAUUAUAUUGGAAUAUUGACUUUUUUAUAUUUUAGCUUUGUUCUAGAAGUUCAUUUGUUUUUUUUUAUUUAAUGAAAAAAAUAUUUUGAAAAAUAUACGAGGUCAUUCCAAAAGUAAGGUCGAUUGGCAAUACUUAUUGAUUCUCGUAUGCACAGUAGUUUCAACUGGUUCGUUGGGCACAUAACUGAUAUAUUUCUGCCAGUUCAUUGUUGUUCACCUUUGCUUGACGAUGAGCGGCCUCUCCUAAUCUCACGACGAAUGCGCGAAGUAAUCAGUAUUGCCAAUCGCUUUUCAGUACCGACUUAUUUUUGAAAUAGUCUUCGUAAAUGUUUAAAUGUUCUAAUUUUUAAUAAAAAUGUUCUGCUAA